GCUCCUCCAUUUCACCACUACAGCUCGACGAAUCCUCCCCCUCUCUCUUUCUUGUCUCGGCCAAAAGCGGACGAGUGACUUCCUCCUUCCCUUCUCUCCAUAUCUCUCCCCUUCGUCCUUCUUCUUCUGAGGAUUUCGAGUCUGAGAAAGGAGGCCUCGGCGACACCUUCGUUUCUUGGCUCUACAGCAGUCAGCAGGAGCACGUAGUGGUGAUAGAGGUUGCUUGAUUCAUUUUAUCAAAGACUUGGGGCUGUUAUGCAAGUUAUUCAGUUGUAAACUGGAAAGCUGCAGAUGUAUCGCUGAUGAUCAAGAGUUCCCAAGUGAUAAUGCCAACGAUUUUAUCAAAACAGGUAAUUUAGGAAGUCUCUGAGAGCAAGAAGCUGUUCACACACUGCUGUACCUUCCGUACAUAAUAAAUCAAUUGCUAAUUAGAUGCAAACAUCUCGUGAACACGGAAGUUCGGACAGUAUCUCCAAAUUGUACCAAAUGCAGCACAUCGAACCAUACUGCUACUCCCCUUUCCAGAUUUUAAACAACGGAUACCCUGAAAAUUGCAGCGAAGCAAACCAAACUUCUUCUCAGUCUUACAAUGAGCAGUACUUCACACUGGAAUCUGCGCCAACAAUUGACAACAUAAUCUAUAGCUCGCCCUCUGCUGUCAGCAUCUCAUCUGAUAGGACUCCCUUUUCACCACAAGGUUCUCAAUCGUACCUCUCGGAUCCACAUCAUUCCUCUGAUAAUACAUAUGGAUCCCCGGUUAGUGGAUCUUCCGUUGUGGAUGAUAACAGUGAGCUCAGGCAUGCAUUAAGGGAUUUGGAGAAGAAGUUGCUGGGUCCUGAAUCUGACAUUGAUGACAGCUGCAGUUGUUCCUUUAUAGGUGCCGUCCAGCAAGGAUACUCCUGUACAAGUUCAUAUCAACCCAUGGAAUUAAUGAUUCCCAGCUUAGACUUAAAACAGUUGCUCGUUGCCUGCGCAGAGGCCGUAUCAAAUGAAGACAUGCCAAUUGUAGAAGCAUUGAUGAGAAAGUUGGAACCUAUGGUUUCAGUCUCCGGGGAACCCAUCCAACGGUUAGGUGCGUAUAUGUUGGAAGGGCUUAGAGCAAGGUUGCUAUCCUCUGGGAGUUUAAUUUACAAAAAACUCAAGUGCAAAGAACCAACAGGCCCGGAGUUGAUGUCCUACAUGCAUGUCCUCUAUCAGAUAUGCCCUUACUACAAGUUCGCCUACAAUUCUGCGAAUGUUGUUAUCUGGGAAACCAUGGAAAACGAGAGCAGGAUCCACAUAAUCGAUUUUCAGAUUGCACAGGGCAGUCAGUGGGUGUCACUCAUUGAGGUUCUUGCAAAGCGGCCAGGUGGCCCUCCAUAUGUCCGCAUCACAGGAAUUGAUGAUUCUCAAUCGGCUCAGGCUCGAGGUGGAGGGCUUGAAAUUGUGGGACAGAGGCUCUCAAAAUUUGCCGCGUCAUAUGGAGUGCCAUUUGAAUUUCACGGCGCAGCUAUGUGUGGAAGCGAGGUCAAACUGGAAAGUCUGAGACUUGGACAAGGAGAGGCUGUGGCCGUCAAUUUUCCUUACAUGUUGCACCACAUGCCAGAUGAGAGUGUUACGACGAGCAACCAUCGAGAUCGGUUGUUAAGGCUGGUGAAAAGCUUGUCACCCAAGGUUGUGACCCUUGUGGAGCAAGAAUCCAAUACCAACACCGCAGCAUUCCUCCCGCGAUUCAGGGAGACCUUGGACUAUUAUACAGCUAUGUUUGAAUCAAUUGAUGCAGGGCGCCCGAGGGACGACAAGCAGCGGAUUAGCGCAGAGGAACACUGCGUGGCUCGAGAUGUUGUGAACAUAAUAGCAUGCGAGGAAGGCGAGAGGGUGGAAAGGCACGAGCCGUUCGGGAAGUGGAGGUCCAGGCUGAUGAUGGCCGGGUUUAGGCAGUGCCCGUUGAGCCAGUCGGUUAGCAUUGCCAUAAAGGAAGUGUUGAAGGAUUACAACAAGAAUUACAGACUUGCAGAGAGGGACGGGGCCCUUUUCCUUGGCUGGAAGAAUAGGGUAUUGUCAACCUCUUCUGCCUGGAGAUGAAUUAAAUUAGUUUGGCUGCUGCUGCUGCUGCAUAACUGGUGUAAAUUUUUUGUCCUCUAGUUUGUAGUUUAGCUAGUGUUCUUGUAAGAGACAUAUGAGAGAAGAUACAGACAGACACCCCCACUCUCUGCUUUGGUUUAGAAUAGCUCUCUUUCUUUUCUGGUGAAACUUGUGCUCAAAAAGGCUCCAAUCGGACUUGAACAACUGUACACCAACCCCAAUUUGGUUUCCCAGGAAUGAAAAUAGCGAGAGCUAUGGAGUAGACACCAAAGAUAAUGACCUUAAAAACCGUA